AUGUCUUCGUCUAUCCUAAAGCAGAUAAUUAGAGCCUCGCGAUGUUCUCGCUUCACACAUCAUAGGCCUUUGGACCGCACACCACGAACAAUAAACUCAUACAGACCUCUUAUACCAAGAUGCUUGGCUGCUACAUACUGCCCAUCACACCACAGCACGGCACUAUCCGUGUUGAAAUCAUCGGUCGAAACAUCCUCCGAAGAUUUCCAGCAAAAUGAAAGGCAAAUGUGCGAAGCUAUAAUGAAUAUUGAAAAUUUAAUCACUAAAAUACAGAUUGGUGGCUCACUCAAGGCCAGAGAAAAACAUUUAGCGAGGAAUAAGUUGCUUCCACGAGAUAGAGUAGCUUCAUUGAUUGAUGUUGGUACAUCCUUCAUGGAACUAUCUCCUCUGGCAGGCCAUGAAGUCUAUCCCGAGGCCAGCGUACCCGCAGGUGGCAUUAUCACUGGGAUCGGGAUAAUCAAAGGGACUACUUGCAUGGUUGUGGCCAAUGAUAGUACGGUCAAAGGCGGAACGUAUUAUCCUAUUACAGUUAAGAAACAUUUGAGAGCACAAACUAUUGCUCGCGAAAACAACUUGCCUUGCGUCUAUCUUGUUGAUUCCGGUGGUGCAAAUCUCCCUCAUCAAGCUAACGUUUUUCCCGAUCAAGAGCACUUUGGUCGCAUAUUUUUCAACCAAGCAACAAUGAGUUCAGCCGGUAUUCCUCAGAUAUCCAUUGUAAUGGGUAAUUGUACAGCUGGUGGAGCUUAUGUCCCCGCUAUGUCAGAUGAAACUAUUAUUGUCGAUGGUCAGGGUCAUAUCUUCCUCGCAGGACCUCCACUAGUUAAAGCCGCAACCGGAGAGAUAGUGACUGCUGAGGAGCUAGGUGGUGGCCGAAUGCACACUACUAUUUCUGGUGUUGCUGACUACUUAGCCGUUGAUGAUGCUCAUGCCAUAGUGCUUGCUAGGCGAUCCAUCAGUAACCUCAAUUGGCCAAAAAGAAGCUUUCCAUCCGAAACCACGUAUAAAGAGCCUCUUUAUAACGCUGAGGAAUUGAAUGGUAUUGCCGGUAUUAAUCUAAGACGGGCGAUACCAGCUCAUGAGAUAAUCUCCAGGAUAGUUGAUGGGAGCGAAUUUGCGGAGUUCAAACAAGAGUAUGGAACAAGCCUUGUCACCGGUUUUGCAAGGAUCUAUGGACAGCAGGUUGGAAUCAUCGCAAAUAAUGGAAUCUUGUUUAGUACUUCCUCAUUAAAGGGUGCCCACUUUAUUGAGCUGUGCUGUCAGAGAAAGAUUCCGCUUGUAUUCUUGCAAAACAUAAGUGGAUUUAUGGUUGGUUCAGACGCAGAACAUGAAGGAAUCGCAAAAAACGGAGCAAAGCUUGUGGCAGCUGUCGCUUGUGCAAACGUGCCUAAAUUCACGGUCAUCAUUGGUGCUAGCAGUGGUGCUGGUAACUAUGGUAUGUGCGGUCGAGCCUACAGCCCGAGAUUUUUAUGGACCUGGCCAAAUGCUAGAAUCGGUAUAAUGGGAUCAGAACAACUGACCUCGGUCAUGGAAGCUGUUGGUAAAUCUCAUGAUUUAGAAUUAAAGAAUCGAAUUGAAAGAGAAAGCGAAGCAAUUUAUUCCUCCGCCAGGCUCUGGGACGAUGGAAUUAUACCGCCUAGUCACACAAGGCGUGUACUCGGGUUCAGUCUAAUGACGUCAUUGGGUGGGAAAAACCAACUAGCCGAUACCAAGUUUGGAGUUUUUAGAAUGUAA